GAACUGAAAAGGGUACAAGGAGUAGUGACAAGACUUUGCCAUGAUUAUGGGAUGAUAGAUGACAUGAUAGUCUUCUCAAAGGAUGUUGUUACAAAAAACAUGUUGCUGGCUAUUGGACAAGAAGUUACUGCCACUGUGGAAGAGGAUAAAACAUCGGGUGGCCUGAAGGCUGUCAGGGUAAGAGGUGAAGAUAAAUGGAAAGACAAUAGGAAGAAUACGCAAGAAGUCUCCAGUCUUACUUGUGAUGCYUCUGAACUAAAUAGGAAAACGUUAAUUGGUAGUAUUACCUCUCUCUCUGCGGAUGGCGGCUAUAUUAAUCAGAAUACUUACUUUGCAAUGCAAGACGUCUGGGAAGAUUUCAAACCUUGUGAAGGUGACUGGGUGCAAGCAAAAUAUUUUAUUAACUCGGCAACAUGGAAGAGCGAAGCAGUUGCUGUAAGGCCUUUGAGGUAUAAACAAGUAAACAAGGUUCGCAUUUCCAGCAUCUGUGGAAGAACUGGGACAGUAGAUGACAGUAUAUUUUUUACCUUGGAUUCACUGAGACUUCCUGAUGGUUAUUCACCUCGUAGACAUGAUCUAGUGAACACAAUUGUGGUGGAGAGCAGUCAAUCCUGUUACAUUUGGAGAGCUCUCUGCUUGGUGCCAGUCAGCCAGGAUGGACAAUCUCACUCUAAUGGAGCUAAUAUGGAUGAGCCUUAUGAAGACUUAAUGAGAGACAAAGGAGAGUUGAAYGUAUCAAGAAUGACUAAUUUUGGAACUCUGAAGCAGGGGGAAUCUAAAAGAAUGAUCAUUUGGAUAGAGAACAAAGGGAGUGUACCACAAUCCUUAAUCAGCUGCAGAUUAGCUGGAUGGGUGAAAGACAAGCAAUUCAGUGUUGAGAUUCCUCAAAAAUGUGAGAACACUCCAGAAGAAUAUCUGCCAUCUUUUCCAAUAAAUCAAGAAAACCUCUCAAAAGCUGCAGUUAAUUCAUGUAGCAACAGUGGAGGAACAACACAUGAGUCAUUGAACCAUACAUCCAUUAUGAAAAAUGGAGUCAUUCCAGAAGGAAUGUAUUUUCAAGACACAAAUUUGUCAAGGACAGAAGAAAACAUUUCCUUGGUGAAGGAUGAAAAACUACAGAAUGGAGGGAGUGAAGAAAAUGGCCAUGUGGAGCAACCAAUUAAGCACAGCAGUAUUACUGCAGAAAUUGUGGUACCACCAGGCGGAAAAAUUUUUGUAGUGAUCAUAUGUACAGCUGUGAUUCACGGACACAGUAAAGAGCUCCUGUUGCUUGGCUUUUCUGAUUUUACUGUUGGCCGCUAUAUUGAAGCCACUGUAACAAAUGAAGAAGAAUUGCUUAUAGCACCUGUACAACCUUUUUCUCCAAGAAAGCCUAAAAUUAUUCCAGAUUCUCAGCCAAGGAAGACAACAGUGGCUGGCCCUAAACAAAAAAGUAGUAAAAGAAGAUGGUGUUCAAACUUUCUCCCACAUUAUACUAUACCRGAUGAGUUAAGAAAAUGUGUGGAACAGCAGUUAGACAUACUGACCUUUCAGCCCCUCCUAGCAGAGCGUCUUAAUCUAAGUAAUUAUAAAGCAAACUUUUCUACUCUUUUAUGGCUUGAAGAGAUCCAAGCAGAAAUGGAUUUAAAGGAUUACUACAUGAGUGGGGUUACUUUAAAAAGGAAUGGGAACUUGUUAGUGCUGGAAGUGCCAGGAGUAGAAGAGGGCAGACCUCGCUUGGUUCCAGGUGACAAGGUGAUACUGAAAAGUCAAGUCUACUCGGAGCAUAUAAUAGAGUACAUUGCCUAUGUUGCUGAGAUACAUGAUGAAGAUGUUACUCUGAAGGUUAAUGUGGACUUUGAACGGACUUACAACUUGGAACCCAUGGAUGUGGAAUUUGUUCAUUGCAGGAUUCCUAGCAGGCGAUGCCAGUUGGCUAUUCAGCAAGCUCUCUACUUGGGUGAAAAAGUGUUAUUUCCAGAAAAGCUUGUGUUACAAUCACCACAAGCUUUCAAGUCCCAGAAUACUACAGAGUAUUGUGCUGCUGAUGAUGGUCUUAAACAAUCUUCACAACAGGAAAUUGGUGAAACUGUGGCACUUAAACAGRGAGAUGGUGAAUUUUUCAAUCCUAUGCUGAAUGUGCAACAGAAACUGGCAGUGAAAAGAAUACUGAGUGGUGAAUGUCGCCCAACACCUUAUCUUCUCUUUGGACCACCAGGAACUGGAAAAACAGUAACAGUAAUUGAAGUUAUUUUACAGAUACAUUUUACUCUCCCAGACAGUCGGAUUUUGGUAUGUGCACCCUCAAAUGCUGCAACAGAUCUGAUUUGCUUGCGGCUGCAUCAAAGCAAUCUAUUAAAACCAGGAAUGAUGGUCCGAGUUAAUGCUGCCUUCAGGUCAGCAGAGCAAAUUGAUGACAUGGUGAAACCUUACUGCAAAGAUGGUGAUGAUAUUCAGAAAGCAUUGUGGUCCAGGAUUGUAAUUACAACAUGCAGCAGUGCAGGAUUGUUGUAUCAAACAGAUACUCGGCUUGGACACUUCACUCACGUGAUUCUGGAUGAGGCAGGGCAAGCAAGUGAACCAGAGAGUCUGAUUCCUAUUGGGUUGAUCUCAGAAGCUGAUGGACAGAUAAUUCUGGUUGGAGAUCCAAAGCAGUUGGGGCCAGCAAUAAAAUCUAAACUUGCACAGAAUUUUGGAUUAAGUAUGUCCUUGCUAGAAAGACUGUCAUCAAGAGAGCUAUAUCUGAGAGAUGAGGAUGCUUUUGGUGCCUGUGGAGCAUAUAAUCCCUUGUUGAUCACAAAACUCACAAAGAACUACAGGUCACAUUCUGCGUUACUUGCCUUGCCMUCUAAAUUGUUUUAUCAUAAGGAGCUAGAAGUUUGUGCAGAUACUUCAGUAGUAACUUCUUUGUUGAAUUGGGGGAAAUUGCCCAGGAAGGGAUUUCCAUUCAUUUUUCAUGGAAUAAGGGGCAAUGAAACACGUGAAGGCCGCAGUCCUUCAUGGUUUAAUCCAACUGAAGCAGUUCAAGUAAUGCAAUACUGUUGCCAGCUGGCCAAAAGUGAAAACUCUGCAGUAUCAGUGACAGAUAUUGGAGUGAUUGCACCAUAUCGUAAACAGGUGGAAAAAAUUAAAUUUCUUCUCAGAAGUAUUGAUUUAGGAGACAUAAAGGUCGGCACAGUAGAAGAGUUUCAAGGGCAGGAAUACAUGGUUAUCAUCUUAUCAACAGUGCGAUCUCAGAAGGUUUUAAUUGAUGAUGAAAAAUACUGUUUGGGCUUUCUCUGUAACCCAAAGAGAUUUAAUGUAGCAAUUACUAGAGCAAAAGCUUUGCUGAUUGUCGUGGGAAAUCCUCACGUUCUUGUGAAAGAUCCCUGCUUUUGUGCCCUGUUAGAAUACAGUUUAACAAACAGGGUUUAUAUAGGUUGUGACCUGCCCUCAGAACUGGAAUGCCUGCAGAAGUAA